AUGCCUAGACUGGUACGCAUUCCCACCGACAGUGAUGAAGAAGCAAUGGAAAACCCACCACCCGUCCCCAACGACGUCGACACUGAAGAUGCCGACGAAGCAAGAAACACCGCCAGUCCAGCAACCCAGACCUAUCGCCGUCGGACUAGGGCGUCGUUGAUUACACCACCACCUUCCUCACCAUCAGUCACGACAGACACCCAGGGAGGCAACACACCUCAAGAAACCACGCCGUCCACCAGUCAUGGUCAGAAACGGCCAAGAACACCAUCACCACCACCAUCACCAAGCCCGGAACGACAACAAGAGACACCCAGACCUCUAACACCACGCCAUGAGCGUGUAUUCAGAAAGAAGAAGGCACAGCCUACCCCAGCAGAUGGGACAGUAGGGGAAACAGAGCAGGCACCCCCAGCAAAUGAACCACCUCCUGUGGCACCACAACAGGAAGCACAUCAAGACCCUGAAGACGUAGCCCCAAACCAGACAGUUGAGGCUCGUCUUAGCAGAAUUGAGACCAGAAUGCACAACAUGGAGCACCUGUUGCAACUGCUAGUGAACUAUUUUCUGCCUGCAGACCAGGACAGGCAGUGA